UCCGCUCCUUCUCUUGUCUCUAUGAGAGAGUGUUCCUUAGACAACAGACCGCCCCCGCCCGCCGCUGCGGGUGGAAGCGACCCCACCCCAGCCCCGCACCCGGUGGCUCGCGCCUCCCGGCUCCGCACCUGUCCCCACCGCCCCCGCCCCAGGUUUCCGGAGCAGCGGUCGGCGGGUCUCGCGGGGCGGCUGCCGUCAGCGUCCCCUUCCCGGCGGCUGCGACCCCUCCCCGCUGACCUCACCCGCGCCGCCGCCUCGCGCGGGUAUAAGAAGCGGCCCCGGCGAGGAGCGCGCAGCCUGCGCCCGGAGUCCUUCGAGCGUUCGCCAACUGCAGCCCCGCCGGCUCCACGCCUAGAGCCCGCGCCUUGCAGACGCCAUGAUGCCUGGUCCUUGGUUGCUACUAGCCCUGGCUUGGACCUUGACCCUGACCGGUGGUGUCCCUGGUGGCCGCGCGCAGCCAGAGUCAGUCCAUCAAGAGGGGGCGACGGCCCCCGAACGUCCUGGCCUGGAAGAACUCCUGCGCCAGGCUGAGCGCCUCCUCCUCCUCCGGGAGGACCUCCAGCGGCUGCGAGGAGACCAGGGCGAGCUCCCAGAGUCCCAGAUCCUCCAACUUGACCGGCUUCCCAAGCGCCAGCAUCCGGGCAAAAGGGAGGAGGAGGCCGAAGAGGGAGUUGAAGAGGAGGAGGAGGAAGAAGGGGGUGCUGCAGGACCCCACAAAAGGCAGCACCCCGGCCGCCGGGAGGAUGAGGCUUCCUGGGCAGCCGAUGGAACCCAGCACAAGUGGCAGCACCCUGGCCCGCGCUCCCCCUGGCUCGAGUAUGCUGCCACCAAGAGGCAGCACCCAGGCAGGAGGAUGGUGGAUCCUAAGGUCCCAAGGAGCUGGGAGGAAGAGGAGGAGGAGGAGGAGGAGGGAGAGGGAGCCCUGAUGCCCGAGAAACGCCAGCAUCCGGGCAAGAGGGCCCUGGGAGGCCCCUGUGGGCCCCGGGGAGCCUGCGGUGAGGCAGGUCUUCUGCUGGGGCUCCUGGAUGGCCUGAGCAGGGGCCAGAGGGUGGAUGAGAAGCGGCAACACCCUGGGCGGCGGGCGGCCUGGGCCAGGGAGUCCCUGGAGGAGUGAGCCCAGCUUCCUGUAAAGUCAGGUUUGGGGUCUGGAGGCGUCCUGAGCCCUGUGUGCCGUCCCCCUUCUGUGACUCCCUCUUUCCCUCUGCCUUUGAUCCUGGACCAUAAACCCCAGCCCCCUGUAUAUAUGUGCACCCCAGCCCCUGGUCUUGUCCCCUCCAAGGAUAGGAGAAAGUUGGAUUAUUAAGUUAAAACUUCCUAGCACCCCACUGUGCCCUGCGGGCACGGGUCCAAUCCCAGGGCCCGUCUUCACACCACCUCCACCACCACCUGCUCCCUUUCCUUAACCCUGGCCAGGGUGGUCGUCCUCUGUCUUCUAGAAUGCCCAGAGUGGGACAGGAAGGGAGUUUGGAGUUGAAGCUUUUGUGCCCAAAUCCAGCUUCCAUCCCCUGCCCUGUGGAGCAGGAUCCCCCCACCCAUCCAGGGGAGCUAGGAUCUUCUCCCCUUCUUGGGCGUCCUUUCAUAGGUGGGCAGAGACCCGCCCCGCAGCUGUAUCCUACUCGUGGGGAGCACAUGUGGGUGGAGACACCCUGGGGUGCUGUGCUGUGGUAGCUGUGGAAAUGAAUGGCAUAGGAACAUUAGAACAUGGUGCUGCGAGUCGUGGCUUGUACAGAAUCCUCUAGGCACCCCUCUCUGGUCCGGGACAGUCAUCCUGAUGAUAAUAAAAUGUGCAUCCCAAUCGU